UUUUAGCUGUCAAUUUAUCACCUGAUACCAAGGGAGAUAACUAAUGCAACACAACCCACUUUCUGAACGAUAACAGAUGAAAACCACAAACAAAUAUUAUUCAAAAUGUUUAAGAGAGUGUGAAUGUAACGAAUAUCAAUCCCAAUCUAAGAAUGAACAAUGAAUGGUGAUGAACAACAUGUAAGUGAAAGACAGAAUCUUCUAACAAGGCUUCUUGAUGCUGUUAAACAGUGCCAGGUACGGUUUGGUGGUAGAACAGAAUUAGCUGCCGAUGCUGAUAGUCGUGUUUCCUGUCUCUGUGCUGCAUGGGAAGCUGUGUUACAACAUGGGUUAAAGCAAACUAGUAAAGCUUUUCAGGCUCUCAAGCAGGUUACAGAAAUAACAGGCCUAAACAAAGUAUCAGAUGUCAUUGCUGACAUAACAAGUAAAGAGAUAGAACCAGAGUACUGGUUAUAUGUGAAAGAGCAUCUAACAAAACAUGAACAGGACCGAUUUUUUACGCUGAAGCAUAUAAACACAGAUGCUGGACGUGGGAGGGCGUGGCUUAGAGCCUCACUUAACGAACAUUCACUUGAACGUUAUAUGCAUAUGUUAUUAGAACGUGAUGAACUACUUAGUAAUCAUUAUGAAAGCUGGGCAUUUUUACGAGAUCAAGAAAGAAACAGUAUGUUACCUAACAUGGCUGCUGGGCUUGGAUCAAUACUGUUUGCCAUUAAUGUGGAUAACUCAGAUUUAAAUACAGUGAGACGUCCAACGACAGCUGUCAAUAUACCUAAUACAGCCAAGCUGGUUGGUCGAUUGGAAGAGGAGCCCCGCCCAGUUAUAGCUGGGGAGGAGAGUCCUCCUGGAUCAGGAUCUUUUGAUUCAAAAAAGAAAGAAAAGAAGAGAAAGAAGAAAAAUACUCACAUAGUUAGUUUUGAUGAUGGGACUUCACAAACUUUAUUUCAUCAUGUGACUUCAUCAGAUCAGUAUUCCACUCAGCAGACGGACAAGAUAUCAGAUAUAUCUAUAUCUGAUACCUCACCUGUGGAGGAUAUUCUGAGGAGAGAGUAUUCCUUAAAUAGAGAACCAAGUAUUGUUUCUAAUACAUCUCUAGACCAAGCUUCUGUUAGUUCGGCAGAUUUUGAUGUUAGUGAGAGUACAAUGAGACCAGUAGAUUUUUCCGGUGAUCCAAUAGAUUUUGGUAUUUCUUCCUUCAGAGCAGAGUCGAGUAGUAUACUAGGAUCGUCUGUUUCGUCUUCGGAACAUGGAGGUAUUGAUGUACAGUCAGCUGCCUUUGCUUUAGAUAUGGUUCAGAGAGGAAUGGACAAUAGUUACAGAACAGCAGGAGAUGGAGGGAAUGAUAAAGAAAAUAUAAGAAAAGAUGCCAUGUCAACAAAUGAAUUAAAACAAGCUGUUGUUGCCAUGAUGGUCAGAAAAGAUGAGGUAGAAGAACAAAACAGGAAUUUACAGAUGAUGUUAGAACAAGAAAUGGAAACAUCUUCCACGCUGAGAGCAGAGAUAGAAGACAUGAAAGUUCAGUCUUCUUCCAAGCAAGAAAAAGAAACUACUAAAUACCAGUCACUUCAAAAAGAAAAUGAGUUGCUGAAAAAUCAGUUAAGACGUUAUGUGAAUGCUGUACAGAUGCUGAGAGCUGAAGGAUCACAGGAUGAAAGCUUACAGUUAGGAGUUCCUGUAGAGGAACCACAGCCCAAUAUACCUCCUGCUAAAUCUAAUAUAGAUUACAGCCAUGAAGCUUCAGAAUAUGAACAGAAACUCAUACAGGUAGCUGAAAUGCACGGAGAGUUGAUGGAAUUUAAUGAGAUGUUACACAGACAAUUGAAUCACAAAGAAGCAUAUAUCCGGAGGUUACAGCAGGAGUUAAUUGAUCUGAGAGGACCGUUACCUAGAGAUUUACAUAUGCAUGGUGAUCAGAUCUCUGGUGAUUCAGAUAGCCAUUCAGUGCAAUCAAAAUCUCUUAUCAAUAUAUGGAUUCCAUCAGCAUUCAUUAGAGGAGGCCCAAGGGAUAAUUAUCAUGUUUAUCAGGUUUAUGUAAGAAUUAAAGAUGAAGAAUGGAAUGUGUAUAAACGAUACAGUGAAUUUAGAGAUUUACAUCUUCAUCUACGGAAGAAAUAUCCAAUUGUUAAUAAAUAUGAAUUUCCACCUAAGAAAACUAUUGGGAAAAAGGAUGCCAAAGUUGUUGAAGGAAGAAGGAAAAUGUUUCAGUCUUAUUUACGUAGUGUUGUGAAUUACCUAUCAGAAAAUGAUCCCGGUUUAGCAGAUAGUAUAUGUAAAAUAAAACUCUCAGUCUUUCUACCGUUCUUCAGUGAUAAGCCUAUAGAAAAGGGAGAUAAAAAGAAAAUAAAGAAGACUGUGUCGUCUGCAUCGUUACCAGGAAGUGUUCCUGAACCAAUAAGGGAGACAAUGCAAAAUCAGUAUGAUGGAUUAUAGCGAUAUCAUGACAGAUGGUUGUAAACAAACUCAUGCUUCAAAUGUGAUAUUAUUUUUUUUGUAUUUUUGUAAAUUUCCUUCUUCAGACAUUGAAGGCUAUCUGUUGCUUAAUGCCCUUUUGUUUAGGAAAAACUUAGAUGCAUGCAAACAAAAGGCAAAAGAAAUAUUUAUGUACCAAUAUAUACAUGUGACAGACUAUUUAUAGUCAGAUCAGGAUAGAUUUUUUUAAAUUUUGAUACAAGGAAUGGACCUACUGCUCAAAAGCUUCUAAUAAUUUCAUUUUAUAAAUUUGUGCUACAUAUUUUAUCAUAGGUUUAUACAAUGAUAUUUUAAUGAGUCAACUCUAACAUAUCUAUAGAUAUCAAUUUUGGGCACCUCCAAAUGUUGUUUUCCAAAAUUGGGAAAUCUCCCAUGAUAGGUCAGUUUUCUGACAGGGAAGAAGUUACACAACAAAACUCCCUCAGAGUAGUUUACUAAAAUUUCUUACAACUUCUUACAUACUAUUUUGAUUUGUUAUUGUAAACAUAUUUAUAAAAGACAUGGUAUCAUAUUACCUUGGCUUGAGCCUUUUUAACUUAUAAUUUUGUAUUUAUCAAACAGGGUAAAUUGAUGAUUAACAAAAUCAACAAAACUGUGAUAAAAAAUAUAAUAAAGAGUGUGUAUUCAAAAAAGGAAAAACUUAUGGGAAUUUGGCCAGUAUUAUGAUUUAAUAAUAUUCAUUAUAAAAAUGAUUUGCACUUUUUGCACCAUGCAAAACAGUAUAAUUUUUAUUUUUUUAAUAUUAAACAAGAAAAAUAAUAACUAUACAGAAAAUUAACCAUAAAAACCUGUUGAAUGCAUGUUAUAAACCUUAAAAAGUUCCUUUAACAACUUUCUAUUAAUAAGUACAUGCAUUAUAAAUAAAUGUAGAAUGGAUUUUUAAAAUUUUUGUCAUGAUAUUGUUGACUUACCUCCCUUUGUCCAUGUUUAUUUUAACUUGAUAUUUUACCAUGUAAAGUUGAUAUACUUGCCAAUUGUUCUUUUUGUCAAAAUAUUGUACAAAUGUAUUUGUCUAUAUCAAUGUAUAUUAUACUUUAAUGACAAUUUGUAAUUUGCAAUAGUGUGUAUUUACAUUUUAAUUCAGGGGACCUUGAUUUUAAUUUAUACUUUUUUUUUAAAAGAAAAAAACCAAAUGUAAUAUUCAAAGCAUUGAUUUUAAUUACUGAAUGAUUUAAUUUUGCUCUUGAUUUUGAUUUGGUAUGGUCAGUUCCAUUAAAUCCAAGUGAUAAGGAGAGUGGGCUAUAAUGGUUUACUUUUAUAAAUUGUUAUUUGGGUGAAGAGUUGUCUCAUUGGCACUCAUACCACAUCUUCCUAUAUCUAUAUCAAUAAAGACACUUUUUUAUUUCUUCAACAAAACAUAAAAUCUAUAGCACUUUAUAUGAAAGAAAUACAGUAUGUGUAUGUCUUAAAUUCUUAGCAGAAUAUGAUUUUCACUACUGGUUGUGUAUGUUUUUAUAAGUUUGUUUUAUGGUCUAGGUCAAUGAUAUUAGUUUUCCUUGCUUUUCACUAGUUUUAUCAAUGUGAUAUAAUGAGAAAAGUCUGCAAUGAUACAUGAUGUCAUAAAGAGAGGACACAAUUGUUUUGUACAUUUCCUGAAAAGAAUGUCUUUGUUUACUUACAUAUCAACCCUAAGAUAAGAGAGACAGAUUUGUUCACUGUUUCUUGUUUGUUGCAAUAUUUCUCCACUUUUGAAUUGUAAAUAUAAAGUACUGUGGAUGCCUUAUUGUCUGUUUGAUAUCAAUUUUCGUUGGUUUCGUGGGUUCAAGUGAACCACAAAUUCAAAUGUACAAUGAUUUACAAAUAUUCUAUCGUCUUUGUAUGCAGAGAUUGAUAAAUCCAGGAAAUCCACGAAAAUUGAUAUCAACGAAAAUAAAUGAAUCCACAGUAUGUAAAACCCCUUGCCUUUUAAAUUUGAUAAAUUAUAAUGUCUUCAAUGGAGACUUGUUUUAUCUAAAGGUGCUGAUAAAGUCUUUCUAUGUUUGCAUUUCUUACCUUAGAUUAGAUGACAGUGUUUAAAAGUAAACAAAUAUUUUAAAUUUUUUUUUUUUUUUUUUAAAUGCAAUGUACAUUUUUUUUAAGGCUUGGAUAUUGAAAUGAAAUUUUUAAAUAUUUUUUAAGCAACAUCUAAAUUUUUAGAAUCAUGGCUGAAUUAAUGAAUUUGAUGAGUCAGGCUAAUUUUCAAAGUGAAAUACAAAUGUGAACAUGUGUUGUGAUAAAUGAAAUACACAUGUCAACAUGUGUUUAAAGAUUAUAUUUAGAGAUUAUGGGACCAUGUGCAAUAUGGGGUUCAAUUUUGCUUUGCAUUAGCAGUAUGUUUAUAGUAUAGCUUAUAUUGUUUAUAUUAUUGCUGCAAAACUUUUAUGUAAUGUUCAAAUAAAAUAUACAUAUUCAUGUAAUUGGUCAAUACUCAAACAAUUUGCAUAUUCAAAUUUAAAGUAAUAUUACACCAGAUGUAAAUAUACCAUUGACAGAUAAUUGUAAGAUUAAAAGAUCAAUGUGAAUUUG